UCCUCUCAGCCAUUCUGAUGAAAUGUGAAGAGUUCCGGAUGCGUCGGCCAAGUCCCCGGCUCGUCAUUAUGGAUUUUGAGAAAGGACUCAUCAAUGCCGUGAAGCUGGCUUUUCCAAACGCUGCCUUAAAACUAUGCCUCUUCCACCUUCGGCAAUCAGCCUUCAAGAGCUGGGGCUGCAAGUCGCCUACCGGGACGAAGAGAACACGGAGGUGCGGGACACAUUCCGACAAGUAGUGGGUUGUGCGUUCGUCCCGACGGAAGAUGUCGCCGCAAGCUUUCAAGAAGCGCGAGCGAACAUACCCAACUCCAUGAGGCCCUUCACGAAGUACUUCGCCGAGACCUAUGUCCUCGGCAAGCGGGCGCAGGGUGGCAGGAGAGCUGUCCCGCCGCGCUAUCCGCCAGACCAAUGGAAUCAGUACGAGGCCGUGCUGAGCGACGAUCCCCGUACGAACAACACCAUGGAAGCGUGGCACAACAGAUUUCAGACGAUGGUGGGAAAGAGCCACCCUGCACUCUACACUCUCAUCGGCGAGUUCUUCGGGUGA